UCUAGAAGUGGGUCAUGUGACCCCUCUAAGAACUCCUCCCACCACCCUCUACCAAUCAGGAGGGGUUUCCUCCCGAACGGACCACCCCGAGAGGAGAUUUGACCAAUCAGGGUGACUUCCGGGGGUGGGUGACCCCGUCUAGAAGAGGGUCAUGUGACCCCUCUAAGAACUCCUCCCACCACCCUCUACCAAUCAGGAGGGGUUUCCUCCCGAAAGGACCACCCCGAGAGGAGAUUUUGACCAACCGGGGUGACCCCUCUAAGAACUCCUCCCAAGGCCCUCCGCCAACCCGAGUGCAGCACCAAUACCCCAUAAGUACCAGCGCCGAACAGAGGAGGCCAUUUUUCUUACCAAGGACACGUGUUUUAGAAAGCGUGGAAAGGCUGCUCAGAGGAAAACAUGGACUCCUUUACCACCCCCGUUAGAACUUCAGACUUUGUUUUACCCCCGAGAGUCUUUGACCGUCCACGGAGAAAACGUUACAUCAGUGACAGUUCUGAGGAGGAGGUUGUGACCACGGGGAGCCCUUUGGCCCAGCCGUUGUUGGAUACGCCGGAAUCCGACCCCGAAACUCUUGUGAGACAUCCCAAAGAGCCUGAUGGCCUCUCUUUGUCCAACCCCUCAGAUCGCCACUUGGGAGAGUCACCGGUGGACAAGGCAAAUGGAAAAGAUGGCGCUCAGCAGCUCAAUGAUGCCUUUCUAGAGGACCCAGAGCCCCUGGACAGCAUUGUAUCAAGCAGCGAAGAUGAACCGGGCCCACCAUGUUUUUGCUCAACACCAGUACAAAUUGUUGAAGAGGGCUCCGAGGAUGAUGGGUUUGAAGAGUUUAGGAGGAGGCUAGGCAUAGAACUGUCCGAGCCAGUGCCACGUCGUGAGCGUAAAAAAGUUAUGCGGAUUAUUGUACGUGUUGCUGUUUAUGCUGUCCUUAAACACUGCCUUAGGGAAAAGCUUUUUGAAGAUUGUGAGGGCUGUGUCAUAGAUGCGCCAGCCCAACGGCACCAUGACUGUGUGACUUGGACUUCAGUGGAUAUAAACUGCAAGCUCCGGGCCCUGUGUGCUGAGCUGUGUUUGGAAAGCUUACUAAACACUGUUAUUGCCAUAGGUUAUGCUAUGCAAUGUCUGUGCCUAACCCAAGAACAUUUAGCACAAGGGGUGACUUUGAUAAAUGCUGUGCAAUUCAGUGGAGACCCUGACCGUGUUUUAAAGAAAAUGACCAAGCCGGAAGAUGCCUGCUUACAACGUUAUAUUGACCAUCUAGUUCGCACAAGAAGUUACAGAACCCUGCUUAAGAAAAAGACUAUUUGUAAGAAAUCUAAAAGGAUUAAGUUAGAGAAUGGCCCACACACACAUGGGGGGGAACAGAACAAUCAUGUUCCAGCAACACUUUAUCCCAUAGUGAAAGUACUGUCAAAACAUGACCAGAGGGAAAACAAACUCAAAAGAAAAAGAGAGGAGAAAGCUGAAAAGGAAAAUUUACCAGCAUCAGUGACUGAUGGACAGAUGAAGCCCAGCAUGGGCAACCUUUCUGAAAAUACUGUAGUCAGCGCUACAAGGACACCUCCUCCAGAACCACCAAAGAAACUCAAAAGAAAAAGAGAGGAGACAACUGAAAAGGAAAAUUUACCAGCAUCAGUGACUGAUGGACAGAUGAAGCCCAGCAUGGGCAACCUUUCUGAAAAUGCUGUAGUCAGCGCUACAAGCACACCUCCUCCAGAAGAACUACCAAAGAACCAAAAAUCUGCUUUGAGACCUUUAACAACGCAAAACAGCACUGAAGUGCAGAUGAAGCAUCCGGGCAGCCCAGACCUCAUAUACGUGAAACCCAAGGACAAAACAAAAGACUCUGGUAAAAAGCAACCACACAAACACAACUCCUGUUGCUCAGCGGCUACAGCCACACCAAGCCCUGAGAAAACUGUGAGUGAAAAUGCCCACGUUCACAAACCCAAAGCACGCACUCUAGGGGUUCUGAAGACCUUUAUCGGCAAAGAGUUUCGCGACUAUACGUUCCUAGCGCACAAUUCCAAAGGUUAUGAUGCGUACUUCAUCGUUAGGCAGUUACUGAAGGAAAAGAUGUGCAUAGAACUGAUCACUCAGGGUAGUAAACUAAUAGUGGGUGGCAAGCUUAUGUUCCCGCUAUGCCAAACCUGUGCGGAAACCGAGCAGCGGGAGAUAUGCACCCAUACUGACGAGGAGCGGGCCAUCCUGGGGACUUGGUGCACGGUGGAAUUGAACGCGGCUAUAGCGAAGGGGUACGUGGUGGCUGAAAUCUAUGAAAUCUGGCAUUUUAAUGAAAAAUCUAAUAAACUCUUUUCAGAGUACAUAAAAUUACACCUCCGCCAGAAACAAGAGGCUUCAGGGUAUCCCAGUUGGUGCACCAACGAGGAAAAACAAAAUAAGUACAUUAGCGAUUUCUACCAGAAAGAAGGCGUUCGUUUACGCCAACAUGAGAUCAGAUCAAACCCUGCUAAACGCCAAAUCGCUAAACUGUUUUUAAAUUCUCUGUGGGGUAAAUUCGGCCAAAGAACCAACCUACCCAACACCAGCAUCGUGAGAGACCCUGACGAACUCUUGCAGUACCUAUUUUCCCCCAAUUACAAGGUUUCAUCCUGCGAGUUUAUCGAUGAUGAAACAGCGUGCGUGUCUUGGAAGCACGCAAAAGAACGGUACUCUGUCUCUGGCAAUACCAAUGUUGUCAUAGCCUGUUUCACCACCGCUUAUGCCCGCUUAGAAUUAUACAGUCUGCUAGACGGUUUGCAAGAGCGGUGCCUGUACCACGACACUGACUCGGUGAUAUUUGUGAAAAGGGAGGGUGCCUGGAAUCCCCCUCUGGGGGAUUAUUUAGGGGAGCUCACAAGUGAGCUCCCGCCAGAUCAACACAUCACCGAGUUUGUGUCGGCAGGCCCAAAAACGUAUGGGUAUAAGUUGUCUGGAGGAAAGGCCUGUAUAAAAGUCAAAGGUAUUACCCUAAACAUAGCAAACUGUGAAAAAAUCAACUUUGAAAGUUUAAGAGAUCUAGUCCUGGACUACUGCACGGGCCUGCGAGAUAACGAAAACACCUCAAAAAAGAUAGAGGUGCAGCAGCCCUCUAUCGUAAGAAACAAAAACCAGUGGCAAAUAGAAACAAAAACCCUUAAAAAAACACAAAAAGUGGUUUAUAACAAGAGGGUCCUAGGAAAAGGUUUUAAAACCCUGCCCUACGGCUUUUGA